AUGUGGGGACUCCAGGAGGAUUUUGAAGAGGCGGCAGCUCGUGCGGAGUGCGCUGAAGACACGAUGGUGCGCCGAGUGGAACGUGUGGAGGAACUUCUUCGUUUCUCUGAGGCAGAUGCGGCCUCGCGCGAGGCUGCCACCGUGGAGCGUAUUACGCAUAUGAAUGCCUCGUUGGAGUCAACAUGUGCUGGGGUAGCGCUCGUGGGGUUGUAUGAAGAAUGCGUGGCCUCUGCUGCUGUGCUGUAUGGACAGUUUGUCGGGGUAAAGAUGGAGAUGACUCUGGAGUUGCUGCGAUGCGGUCAGCAGUGCCAGGGCGAAGUUGAUUCCGUCAGUAUUGCGGCUAGUUGCCUUUAA